GAAACUCUUUCUUCAUGGACUAGAGCUAACAAAAUGGCUAAGGGUAUGCGCAGCAAGAUCAAAAGACGAUUUCGCGCAAUAAAACGACAAACCGUUUUUGCACCAGUUGAAACUGCUCGCACUCAAAGGCUUGCAGCCAAACAAACACAGACUGAACAACAAACGAAUUCUUUAAAUUCACAAGAACAAUCGCUACUGCAACAUAAAACAGAAGUUUUUACAUUUAGUCCAACAACAGAUUUAACCUCAGAUAUGAUAAUUGAUACUGAUGCUCCAAAGAUCUCUACAAGUGGGCCAAGGAAUAGUAGACAUCAACAGUGGAAAAGAAAAAAACUCUCAAGGAAAAAGAAACGGAAUAGUUUAAUACAUUUUUAAUAAUAAUCGUUUUUGGUGAAAAAGAGAUUGCGUUUUUGAAAAAUUAGUUUUUUUCUACAGGGAUGUCUCUGGAACCUACGUAAAUUCUGUAUAAAUGCUUUAUGGAUUAUGUAUUAUAGUUAUCGUUGGUAAUUUUUUUUUAUUCUUUUCCAUAAAAACAAUUUUUCAAAUAAAGUAAAAUCUAAUAAAAGGUUGGCAUGAACUAAUUAAUUAGAUUAAUAAACUCUUUCUAAUACUAUAAUUAACACUUUAUUAUAUAAUAUAUAUUUAAAUUU